GCCAAUCGAACGCACGGCUUUUGUUUAAUACCUGUAGUGUGUUGUUAUAUACAGAUGUACUUACAUAUAUAAAUAAAUGAGUGAUUUGUAUUUUGUUUUUAUAAAAAUGCCUGCUCGGCAAUUCGAACCGAUAUUAAGCUAAAGGCGCUUCAGUUGUCGUUCGUCGUUUGAUGCGCCCCCACGUGCCGCUCGAAAAUUAAAAGCAAUCGGUUGUUUAUACACACAUACAUUCAUACAUACAUACAUACAUGCAUACAUGUGUAUAAAUAAAUAAUAUAAUAUCAAGUUCAAAGGCUAUCAUUAAAUAGAGUUUGUGCGGAAAUGUUAAAUGACACGCAAAUAAUUAAGCGUACUGAUUAAAUGUUGCUAUAAAUUGCAAUCGCUUUUGCAUUUUUGUGCCUUUUGUUUUUUGUUCGUUCCCUCGCUUGUUUUGUGUUAGUGUGUUUGUGCGUUUGUGAGUCCAUACAAAAUGGAGCCAAACAAACAGCGCCGCACGCCCAAAUUGGGUCAAGUGGGACGCGCUUAUUCGGAGAUGUCGCCAUUGAAUCCCCCACUGUCCGCUCACUCCACGGCGACGACAAGCUCGCAUGAGCGGCGCGAUUCCGGCAACUAUGGCAGCAUUUUUCCGUUUGGCCUAUUUCGCAGCUCCUUCGGUCGUAGCGGAAAUUCAAUUCAGAACAUAAAUCGUUACGGAGACUCCAUGGGUUCGCUGGGACAUCGCGCCUUGCUCCAGUACAUUGAUAACAACGACAUAUCCGGGUUGCGAGCCAUACUCGACAGUCGACACUUGACCAUCGAUGAUCGCGAUGAGAACGCAGCCACGGUGCUUAUGGUCGUGGCCGGACGUGGUCUGACGCCCUUUGUCCGCGAGUUCCUGGCGCGCGGUGCUGACGUUCAGGCAGAGGAUUUGGACAACUGGACAGCAUUGCUGUGUGCUGCUCGCAAUGGACAUUUAGAUGUGGUUCAACUCCUUCUCGAUCAUGGCGCCGAGGUGGAACAUCGUGAUAUGGGUGGAUGGACAGCGCUUAUGUGGGCCGCAUACCGAGGACAUACGGAGCUAGUACGUCUACUGCUGGACAAGGGUGCUGAUGGCAAUGCACAUGGCAACUAUCAUCUUGGUGCUUUACUCUGGGCAGCGGGGCGUGGCUACAAGGAAAUUGUGGAGCUAUUGGUACAGCGUGGGGCUAAGGUGAACGUAGGCGACAAAUAUGGGACCACUGCGCUGGUCUGGGCUUGUCGCCGAGGCAAUGUCGAGAUUGUUGAUACGCUGAUCAAAGCGGGCGCGAACGUGGACACGGCCGGCAUGUAUUCAUGGACGCCACUAUUGGUAGCCGCAACUGGCGGACAUACAGACUGCGUCAAUUCGUUGCUGGAGAAAAAGCCAAAUGUAAACGCGCUGGAUAAAGAUGGCAUGACAGCGCUCUGCAUUGCGAGCCGAGAGGGCUUUCAAGACAUCGCAGCAUCUUUAAUAGCCGCCGGCGCCUACAUUAACAUACAGGAUCGUGGCGGAGACACACCACUCAUACAUGCCAUUAAGGGCGGCCAUCGCACCGUUGUGGAGGCGCUACUGAAGCGUCAUGCCGACGUCGAUAUACAGGGAAAGGACCGAAAGACGGGCAUUUAUACGGCAGUGGAGAAGGGACAUACACAAAUUGUGAAGCUCCUCCUAUCCACUAAUCCUGAUUUAGAGUCGUCGACCAAAGAUGGGGAUACCCCAUUGCUACGAGCCGUUCGCAAUCGCAAUCUAGAAAUUGUUCACAUGUUGCUCGACCGAAAAGCCAAGGUGACAGCCAGUGAUAAGCGUGGCGACACUUGCCUGCACAUUGCCAUGCGUGCGCGUUCCAAGGCAAUUGUUGAAGCGCUGCUGCGUAAUCCAAAGAACAGUCAACUGCUUUAUCGCGCCAACAAGGCAGGCGAAACGCCCUACAAUAUUGAUGCCCUACAUCAGAAGACGAUUUUAGGCCAGGUCUUUGGCUCGCGCCGACUGAACACGAACGAGGACUCCGAAGGCAUGCUGGGCUAUGAGUUGUACUCCUCGGCCCUGGCUGACGUUCUUAGCGAGCCCACAUUGACAACGCCCAUCAUCGUGGGACUGUACGCCAAGUGGGGCAGCGGGAAAAGUUUCCUCCUCAACAAAUUGCGCGAUGAAAUGAACAAUUUUGCGCGGCAGUGGGCGGAACCGCCGACACCAACCAGCGGCCUGCUCUUUCUAGUCUGUCUGCAUCUCGCCCUGCUCAUUGGUACCACCGUCGGUCUGGCUUCCUGGUCUGCUCUGUGGGGCGGUGUGGCGGCCGCUUGCUUCCUAAUACUUGCAUACCUGCUGCUCGCUGCCGUAAAAUAUUGCAACUAUCAGAUGGAUAUGUACUGGGCCUACUCUGUGCUGCAUGGAAUUGAGAAGCGCAUUACACGUUUGCGUCUGAUACUGCAGGUGACAUUCUGCCAUCCACCUGGGCCAGACUCGGACUCUCAAGCACGACCGGUGCGCUUCCAUUUUGCGGAGGCCAGCAGCGCCUCACCCACAGGCGAUGGGGCAGUUGCUCACAUGCUAGCCGCCCUCCUCGUCGCAAUUGAGUCGCAUUAUGGUUGGCUCUCUACCCGCCUCUAUCGCGCAUUCCGACCUAAAUGCGUCAAGACGGAUGCAGGCUGGCGCUGGCGUCGCAUGUGCUGUAUGCCCAUUGUCAUACUUUUCGAGAUGGGUCUAAUCAUCCUGGUGGCUGGAAUCUCGCUGGUCAUUGCCUACUUUACACACGCCAACGAAUCGGAGCGCGAGCAAAUUUUGGUGGCUGUCUAUGUCAUCGCAGCGGUGCUAGCCACGCUCAUCUGCACUAAUCUCCAUGUGCUGGCCAAGGUUUGUGGUUCGCUGUUCACCUCGCACAUACGCCAGCUGAAGCGCGCCGUGAGAUCGAGCGAGAGUGCUCCAUUGACCAUGCUCGGUGCCGAGGUGGCCAUGAUGACGGACAUGGUCAAAUGUCUCGAUGCCUUCACCAAUCAGCAAAGCCGCCUGGUGGGUGUUGUCGAUGCAUUGGACUCCUGUGAUACCGAACGUAUUCUCACUCUGCUAAAUGCCGUGCAGACCCUACUAUCCUCGCCCAAUCGCCCCUUUGUACUGCUUAUCUCCGUGGAUCCUCAUGUAAUUGCCAAGGCGGCGGAGGCUAAUAGUCGGCGCCUAUUCACCGAAGGCGGUAUCGGAGGCCAUGAUUUUCUGCGCAAUUUGGUUCAUUUGCCGGUUUAUUUGCAAAAUUCUGGCCUUAGGAAAGUGCAGCGCGCUCAAAUGACUGCACUACUCUUCAAGCGAGGCGGCAACGACUAUCAAUUGGAUGAGGGGCCCACGCUGGGGCACUCUGUAUCUGCGCGCCGACUUUCGAAUGCAUCUGAGAUCAUGUCAAGCCAGGAGAAGCUGCGCACCCCUCAUAAUGCGGGACGUGGUGGCGCGUCUGGGAGCGGCGCUGGAAAGAAACUUCGUCUAUCUGAGUCUGUAGCCAGUUCUAUUGGCUCCAACUUACAUCGUUUGGGGCAGAACCCACAGGGUGUGCUUGAUCUGUCGCGCAUUGUACUCACCGAUGAUUACUUUAGCGACGUGAAUCCACGCAGCAUGCGACGACUGAUGAAUGUCAUUUACAUAACCGUGCGCCUACUGAAAGCAUUCCAAAUAGACUUCAGCUGGUACCGUCUCAGUUCCUGGAUUAAUCUGACCGAACAGUGGCCACUUCGUGCUAGCAUGAUUGUCCUCCAUCACGACCAAUUCAUGGACAGCAAUGCCGAUGAGAAUGUCUCCCUUCAGAGUGUCUACGAAAAAGUGCGUCCCAAACUUUCCUGCCUGCGUGAAGCAGCACCCCUGCUGGAGCUCGAUCGCGAUGAACGUAAACUGGACGCCUUUCUGCAGCUGCACAAGUCGGACUUGUUGGUGGCGGAUUUGCGCAUUUUUCUGCCUUUCACCAUCAAUCUGGAUCCGUAUUUGAGAAAAGUGCUAAAGGAGGAUCAGCAAAUCAUAGAGGAUGAGGGUUCACUGGUAUUGCAGACGCGUCCGAGCGUUUCCCACGUCAUGCGAUCGCAUCCACCACCGCCCACCACGUACGUGCCUUCGCCCCAAGCCUAUCCGUCCUACCAUAUGCUGCAAAAUGAUUAUGUGCCGAAUGAGCUGCGCUCCCGCAAUCUUAGUUCGAGCACAGAGCCGCCGAUGACGCCACUGAUUAUGUCGCCGAGCGACUCGUUUGGUGAAGACAUUCUGCAAACCAAACUCUCAGAUCUCACAGCCGAGGGCGUCAUUAGUUUACUUGAGCGCAUUGAGGAUCUCAAGCCAGCGCUGUCGAAACUGGCGCCAGUGCUGCGAGAGAAUGCCAUAAAUGGACGUGUCCUGAAGCAUUGUGAUCUCACCGACCUCAAAACGGUUCUCGGCUUGAGUUUUGGACAUUGGGAGCUGUUCCGCUUACUUAUCACUACGUUGCGCGAGUGUGAGCGUCUGCCGCGUAAAAAUCGACCCCAGCCCGCUAUUGCAGAUGUGCCUGCGAAUGUGCCGACCAUCAAGGACGUUACAGAUGCGCUAAUGCAGCCCUCCCGAGAACCGCAGUCUCGCAAGAACUCCGUCAGUCAUAUGGAGAAACAGGUUACACUCGAAGAGCAGAUGAUAUGCGGCGCCUUGCAGACCCUCAAUGAGGAGGCCUUUGAGGAUGUGGCCAGCAGCGAGCGUCCCAGCCCCUCCGGCAUGCCAACAGGUGAGAUGUUAGCUGCAGCUGCGCAACUGCAAUUAGCACCCAUACGUGAGUCGUCCGAGUUUGGUUCACCGUCUGAUGAGCAAAAAAUCACCAAUAUACUGCAAUAUAAUAUCAAUGCCAACAACAACAACAACAACAGUUCGCAACAAAAGUACCUACAAGGCGACUAUAAUCGCAGUGCCAGCACCUAUUCACUUCAAAGUCUGACCGAGGGCCUGCAAAUGCGACUGGGUAAUGGACAAAGAGGCAGUACUGCCGAUUUGUUGAAUGUAGGUGACGGAUAUCUUGGUGGUGGUGGUGGUGGUACUCUUACUUCUACUAGAGUUAGUGGUGGUGGUUACGCUUUGGUCGCUGAGCCGCGACAUCAUUCAAUGAGCGACGAUUUGCUGGCCCAUGAACCCAUGGUGCCCUACACAACAGUACCCACUGUGAUUGUAAUACCGAACGGCAAUGACAGCGACAAGGUAUACGACGAUACAAAGUUAUAGAAGUGGCCGAAAUUGGGACGCGAUUGGUUUGAGUUAUGAUCCAGCUGAGUGCUUCAGAUCUCUUACAAGUAUAGAACUCUGCGACAAAAUCGUGCUGAGGAACCACUAACAUAUCUCAAUGCAUUGCUCUUCCAAGUGCUAAAGACCUGUUGCCCCUAGCUUCCUGCUAUAAGCCAACGAACUUAGCCGAAUUUUAACACGAAACGAAAUUUAGGUAGCUCGUCUGACGGUGCCAUACUUGUAAAGCAAUAUAUCGUACAUGUAUAGAUAGAUAUAGUAUUACAUAAACUGCAGCCAAGUAUUAGACGAAACAAAAAAGGCUAUACGUAGCUUUGUGACUACAAUAUGUAAAUAUAUACAUACAAGUAUAUGCAUAUUAUAUACAUAUUUAUAAACAUUCUAGUACUUUUGUGUAAUUUCAUGAGUUUUUAUAUAAACAGUCACAAACAUAGUUAUUAACAUUCCUAAUAGUGGAUAGUAUAAUGUAUCCACCUACAACCUAGAACAAACGAAGUUCAGAACCGUAUUUUUAUAAUUUGGCUUUGGCUUAAUUUGUAAAUCCACUGCGCACUUUAUAAACGUUAAGGGAAAAUUAUAUUACUUUUGCGUUUAAGUACUAAACAUUUUGCACUAACAGAGCUGAAACUGUGAAUCGUUAAAAUAAUACUAAAUGCUUUUUAUUAGUUGACAAAGCCGAAAAAAUAAAAUAUCAUUAAGCACAUAGCUGGUUCAUCGUUCAUUCUGCAUUGACGCUUCUUACCGUUUUUGUAUUGGUUUGCAAUCGAUUUGAGAACUGAGCCCAUACUAAAGUUCUAACAUGUGUUUACUAAUUACAAAACAUGGUUUUAGUGCUGCUGGACAUUGUUUAGUAUUAUUAUGGUUAAAUAUUAAUGUUAAUUGCAUGCUUUUUCGAAAUUAAAUAGUAAUAAGUGGUAAAUCAAACAUUUUCAAAACUGUGGAACUACCAACAAUGGAAACAACUAACAAGCGUUACAUUAAUGACUAAAAAUAAAUUUGAAUAAAAAACAUUGCAAAACCUGUUUUAAAUGCA